AGAAACAUACAACCUAAAUGCAUUUAUUGUUGCGUCUAUCUGGGCUUGGUUUCAUAGCGUCAACACUGAACAGCCCCAUUAUUCUUUCACCCUCCGCCUAAAAAUGACAGCCUUGUUGUAAGUUAUUUAAGCGCGUUACUUCUACCUCCAUCGCUACCACGGGCGAACAUUUUACUUUCGAUGCAAGACAGUUUGAGGUUUUCAGCCGCUGUGCAGGCGUCUCGGCAGAAUCGUGAACAGCAUGGCUUCGGAUCAACACAAGAUCAGGGAGCGUGUGAAGCAGCUUUUGGAAAAACCUGGGAAUGGAAACUGUGCCGACUGUGGAGCUGCAGGUAGGCUGGAGGACAGUCACUGACAGAUGAUGACAAACUGACGUGAAAACACAUCUUUUUAUAUUAUAUGGUCAGAGGCACAUCUCGCGAUCGACUGGGAAUCUCCUCGCGAUCGACCGGUCGAUCGCGAUCGACUGGUUGGGCACCCCUGCAAGCAGAUGUAGUAAAUGGGGUGCAGAAGAAACAUGAAACAGUACCUCUCUCACUACUGCCCCCACCCUGAAAAAUGGAAAGGAAAAAACUGCCUGCUCUCACACAAACCUAAAUACAAGUUCUGAUCAUCAAACUGAACUCCACCACGGUUUUGGUUGUGUUUUCUUUACUUUGGUCGAUAUGCUUGAGAUAUAGUGAAGCCAUCAGUGUCUGUCAGUUCAUGACUCAGCACGUUUACACAUAGGCCUACAAGGAAUUUGCUUUGGUAUCUGGCGGUAAGAACAUAAACAAUCUAAGAAAAAUAAGUUUUAAUAGUAACCAAAAAAAACAAUAUAUAAGGAUAAUGAAAAAUAAGUAUUUUUAAGACACUGUUUAGCAUUAAAAGAAAGAAUACUAAAGAAAAGUAUUUACACCAAAUUUAAAUGUAACUAUACAAAGAACCAUAAAAGCUAAAAAACGAAUCAUUUAGGACAAUACAAAUAUGACAAUAUAUGGCAAACUACAGUUAAUUAUAUUUUAAAGUGGAGGGCUUUGCAGCCGUGUGCAAGACAUUGUUAUUGAGCUAUUGCUGUUUUUUUUUUUGUGAAUCUACUUAUGUCUUUAUGAUGUUUUUCAGAUCCGGAGUGGGCGUCCUACACCCUGGGAGUGUUUAUGUGUCUCAGCUGCUCCGGCCUUCAUAAAAACAUUGCUCAGAUCAGCAAGGUGAAAUCUGUUCUUCUGGAUCCCUGGAGCUCCUCUGAGGCGGAGUUUAUGGAGUCUGUGGGUAACAAUGCAGCCAAGGCCAAGUAUGAAAAGAUAGUCCCUGCCUUCUACUACACCCCUACACACAAAGACUGCACGCUCCUGCGGGAACAGUGGAUCCGAGCCAAGUACGAGAGGAAGGAGUUCCAGUGUGUGAAGAGGCAGGAGCCUUACUCAGCAGGGACCCUUGUGGCAGGCUACAGAGAGGGGUUUCUAUGGAAACGAGGCAGAGACAACGGACAGUUCCUCAGCCGGAAAUUUAUUCUGUCAGAACGGGAAGGUGUUUUGAAGUAUUUCAACAAGCAUGAUGCCAGAGAGCCCAAAGCGAUAUUGAAGAUCAACACUGUGAAUGCCACUUUCCAGCCAACAAAAAUCGGCGUUAACAACGGCCUGCAGAUAACAUAUUUGAAGGACAACAGCACUAGGAAUAUCUUCAUCUACCAGGAGGAUGGAAAGGAAAUGGUGGACUGGUUCAACGCCAUUAGAGCUGCCAGGUAUCACUACCUGGAGGUGGCUUUUCCAGGAGCUUCCAAAUCUGAGUUGUUGCAAAAGCUAACAAGGAACUACAUAAAGGAAGGUUACAUGGAGAAGACCGGUCCAAAGCACACAGAGGGCUUCAAGAAGAGAUGGUUCACGAUGGACGACAGGAGGCUCAUGUACUUCAAAGACCCACUGGAUGCCUAUGCGCGAGGCGAGGUGUUCAUUGGCAGUAGGGAAAACAGCUACUCCGUGCUCCCGGGCCUCCCCCCGAAUAUCCAGGGCUACCAUUGGCAGUUUGGAAUCACCAUAGUAACCCCAGACAGGAAGUUUCUCUGUGCGUGUGAGACUGAAGAAGAUCAGAAAGACUGGAUCGCUGCAUUUCAGACGGUUAUCAACAGACCGAUGCAGCCUCAGGAGUACGCAGUGGAGGCUUACUUUAAGCACAAACCAUGACUGUCGUAGUGUUUGAAGACAUGUUGGUGCAGGGAGUGGAUCUGGCGGAAGAGAAGGGCCUGAGAUAUGUUUUUAGUCUCAUUAUUGAAGUCUUCAUAAAGACUUAAGUGUGACAAAGAAAAAGACCUGAAGGUGAGACCGUUGGCAUUCCCACAGUGACUCCUUCACUGUACCAUCCUGCUCAAUCACUCCUAACUCCCUCAUCUGUUAUGUGACUUACAGUAUAUACGUGAAAGAGGUCAGUCAUCUUGACCUUAAAGUGCAAAAGAUUGCUUGAAGCAAUCAGAAUUGUUGCUGCUCAGAUGUCAAAAUAAGUUUUUCUAUGUUCCAAGUAUGAAUACUUAAAAUACUUUGAUGUUUAAUACAACUGAAGAAGCCUUGCAUUUCAACCAAAUGUACAAACAGAACCCUUCUGGCCAGUUAUAUGCAAACUCAGAGAUUAUCUGACAAACUGCAAAGAUUCUGUAAAUCAGGAACAAUACAAACAUGGUCUGUAUAUACUCAUUUGUUUUCAUGUAGGGGUACAAUAUUUAAUUCUCAAUGUAUUUAUUUUUGUAAUUGUCUGAUUUGCUAUGUGCAGCUUUUAAUAUACAUCUGCUAUAUGUUAAUAAGUGCCAAGCAUUGCAGGUUUGCUUUAUUUUAUAUAUAUUCAUGCAGCUAAAUAUUAACUGCAUUGAUUUUUUCCCAAUCACAUUUAAGAAUUGAAUUCCCUUUGUAAACCAGUACAUAUUGUGAUCCUUUUCAAGUAUUGACUUAAGUGAUAUGAUUAUUUAUCCAGUAGAGGGAGACAAAGGACAAGCUUUACACUUACUAUGACCCCCACCCAAAACUUGAGGGACUUGUACUAGUCCAGGACUAAAUGCACAAAAGAGAGGUGUGCAGAUGCUUUUGCGCAGUAUUGCGAUGGGGCAGCAUCGCCUUUAUAUAAUACGAGUGCCCUGCUUAAGCGUCACCAACACUUUAUUCUCCACCACACAGCGUUUUACAACUCAUGUUCUGCACUGCGAAGUUGUGAGUAAAACUGAAAUGGGGUCACUGUUAAGGAUAAAAGCCACAUUCCCUGUGUUUUAUUGUAGUUAACUUUCAGUUACAGGAAAGAAGGUGCACAUUAAAAAGUAGUGGAACCAAUAAUACAUUACUCUGAACAUCAAGAUUCAAGAAAUAUGAAAAAGUGCAGUAUACUGUACAGAGAUAACCAGUUUCUAGACAUAAAGUGAAAUCUACCAAAGCAAGCUGUACAAAAAGAGGCCUAUGCUUCUUUUACAAAGAACAGUUUAAUCCUGUUAACAGAUUAUAAGAAAACGUACUCGCCGGACAUUUCAGAAAACAUGGCACUAACUACCCAUUUAUAUAUUCAUGAAUGGAAAAAAGCUGCCUACUAAUGUUUGCACACUGACUACUAAUAAAACAAGAGAAAUAUACACAUCUGUGUGUCGUACACAAUAAUGUAGGUCUUAAUUUCCCCAAUAUACCCCCAACAAUUGCACACACUCUUAUCUACGAUCUAAAGUGCUAUUUUCCACAGUUAUGAAAAGAAAAUGUUUCACAUCGUGUUUGUAAGAUUUAAACAAUUUAAUAACUAAAGCAUAAAUAUUAAUUUAGAAGAAAGGUUGUAUUAGAGCUUUUCAAGACUCAACAUUGAUCCUCGAAUGUUGAAAAUAUACCAAACAUGUUUAAGGUUCUUUGACCCAUGCACUGCCUUGUUUCUGAAUGCUUGUUUAAACUAACUGUAUAUUUCAUUUUUGAAUCUAGCAUGAAUUCAAAUCUAAUAAAAUACUUUAAUGUGG